GCUAUGGCAUUCCUGCAGGGGUGUUGUCGCUUCUUCAACAAGAUCGCUCCAUUCACUAUUCGGUGAUGCCUCAUGGGCGCAGUGGACGUUCCUCCGUCAGUGGCAUUGUGGCCACAGUCUUUGGGGCCACAGGAUUUCUGGGCCGAUAUAUUGUUAACCACCUAGGCCGUAUCGGUUCCCAAGUCGUCAUCCCGUACCGCUGUGACGAGUACGAUCUCCUGUACCUUCGGCCCAUGGGGGACCUAGGACAGCUUAUUUUUAUGGAAUGGGAUGCGCGCGACAAGGAUUCUACCUGGAGAGCUGUCGAAAAUAGCCACGUGGUAAUCAACCUUGUCGGAAGAGACUGGGAAACCAGAAACUUCAACUUCGAAGAGGUGUUUGUUUCCUUUCCUAGAGAGAUCGCUCGCCUCUCAAAGCAGGCCGGAGUGGAAAAAUUGAUUCACUUUUCUCACUUGAACGCGGACAGCCAAAGUCCUUCAAAAUACCUCAGGACUAAGGCAGAAGGAGAAAAAGUUGUCAGGGCAGAAUUUCCAGAUGCCAUCAUUAUGAAGCCUUCUGAUAUAUAUGGGAGAGAAGACAGGUUCUUAAACUAUUACGCCGGGUUGCGACGGUUUGGCGGAGUACCCAUUGUUGGUUUUGGCAAGAAAACUGUGAAGCAGCCUGUCUACGUGGUUGAUGUAGCCCGGGCAGUAAUGAAUGCUAUCAAGGACCCUGAUUCUAAAGGAAAAACAUAUGCACUGGUUGGCCCUCACAGGUACUUCUUGUAUGACAUGAUCAAGUUCCUGUACUCGGUCAUGCACAGACCCUUCCUCACGUACCCCCUGCCUCGUCCCCUCUUCCUUUUCAUUGCGAGAUUUUUUGAGAUGAAUCCAUUUGAGCCCUCGAUCACAAGAGACAAAGUGGAUCGGUUCUACGUGACUGAUAAGAGGUUUCCGGAUCUUCCUGGCUUGGAGGACUUGGGUGUUAACCCGACUCCGCUAGAAACCAAGGCCAUCGAAGUCCUGCGCCGGCAUCGCCGGUCCUUCUGGGUGGAUGCCGAUCUCGAAGACGCAAAGCCGGCCACCCCUGUCACUCAUCUGUAACCAGUGGAUUUGCGAGACCUUACACGGACUACGUGGGUUUGAAGAAAGGCCGUACAAAGCACGUUAAAAAUCUCAGAUAAACCACCUCCACCUUC